AUGAAAAGAGAAAUAAUGAAUGAACAAAGCAAAUUGCAAAAUAUAGAAAUAAAUGGAUCUGGAAAUCAGCCAAAAUGUUAUCCUUCAGGGGAAUUAAAUGGAAAUAGCUAUUUCAAUAAUAAUACAGAAUAUUAUAUUAAUGAUAUCAAAGAAAAAAAAAUAAUAGAAAAAAAAAAUAAUGGAGAUAUAAAACGAAUACAAAACGGAUUAACUGAGGCUUGUUCAAUACCUAAAGUUAUAAAAAAGUCUUUUGAUAUUAACCAUGAUGGAGAGCUUAUAUCAUAUGUAUAUACAUUAGUUUUUUUCAAAAAUUAUAAUAUAUUUUUUGUUACACAUAAUGGAAAAUUUGCAUCAUGGAUAUAUACAUAUAAUAUUACUAUGCCAUUUUCGUUAGAACAUGAAAGUGAAAUAAUUUUAGGAGAAAGAAAUUAUCCUUAUUUAGAAAUAUUUUGCACACAGUUUAUGAAAAAUAAUGCUCAACUAUUAAAUUAUAAAUCUAUUAUGUUUGCAAUAUCACUUUAUAAAAUGGCUUUUGACAAUACAGAUAUUUUAACACAAAUAUUUUCCAAUUUUAAGGAUAUGAUAAAAGUAUAA